UGAAUCUUCUUCGUCUGACGGUCUUCUACCAACCGCGUUGGACGCCGUAGGAAGCAAACCGAAUCCUCUUUCCUUCCGCUCCCUUUCACCCUCCUUUAAAUCUGUCUCUCUCUCUCUUUCUCGUUCGAUCCCCGCACCGGAAUAGGAAGGGCAAAGGAACGAGGCGAGGAACAGCCGCUCUACCUUCUUUUGUCUUUAUUUUUUGCAGAAGCAUCUCAUGGCUAAAAUCAAACCACAAGCAUUACUACUACAGAGUAAAAAGAAGAAGGGACCAACUCGAAUCAAUCCUAGUACUGUCAUUACUUGCAACAUCAUUGUUAUAUUGAUUGUAUUGUCCCUAUAUGCUACGUACAGAAACUGGUUUAACAGGUCAAGCAAUCAAUUAGGGAACGGCUUGGAAAAUUUUGAGCAUUCAGUAACAUCUGGACAAUCAACAGGAACUCAUCUUCCUAGCUAUGCUAUUUUCAAUACUGCAAAGGGUUCAAUAACUAUUGAGCUCUACAAGGAUGCUUCUCGUGAUGUGGUGAAUAAGUUUGUGAAUUUAUGUCAGAAGGGAUAUUUUAAAGGGAUGCUUUUCAACCAUGUCAUUAAAAAUUUUGUAAUUCAAGGAGGGCAUUCACAAAAACUUGAAGGUGCAGGAGACUGGAUACUGAAAGGAAAAGCCCACAGUCAGCUUGCUACAAGCCCAAAGCAUGAGGCUUUUAUGCUUGGAACCUUAAAGCCUAAUAAGGACAGCAAAGAAUUUGAGCUUUUUAUAACAACAGCACCGAUUCCUGACCUAAGUGAUAAACUUAUCAUCUUCGGACGGGUCAUCAAGGGGGAGGAUGUUGUCCAGGAAAUUGAGGAAGUUGACACUGAUGAACAUUAUCGACCCAAAUCACCUGUGGGGAUUGUAGACAUUGCAUUGAAGCAGGAAGCUUGAGUAAAUAUAGGUGUGUUUCUCUUAUGGCUCCACUCAAAACGAGUGUUCAGGUAUGCGAGCCCCAAAUGUGUUUCUCAGAGAAUUUUGGCAACAACUUUAGUCAAAUAUGUGGGUCGAAUCAAGAUUGAGUUGUAGUAAUCCUUACAGUUGAUGCUAUCAGUUGCUGUUUUGAAUUCGAAGGGUUUUAAAGACAAAGAUACGUGUUAACUUUUAUAGAAUGUAUCAGUUGACUGAUUCAUUCUCCGUUUUGGGGCUGUAUAUUGAAGAAAUUUUGUCGUUUAUGCAUCAAGAACAUAGGAGGAUGUGAAUCUUCUGCUUA